UGCACAGGUUUGCAGCAUCAUCUGUGCUGAGGCUGAAGCAUGCAUGUGUGAACAGGGCUGCCUCCUGCACCACCACCUCCUGCACAUCUCCAUUGCCGACAUCCUUCGCUCUGUGGAGGGAUCAUCGCUGCAGCCCUGGUUGUCACGGCUCUAGCAUCUUCAGCAACAUCUUAUCAACCAUCUCUGCAGCAUCCUCUCCAUCCUCGAAAGCAAUUUCAGCCACAGUGCUGAGACACACGCCCCCCUUCUGUCAGAUCUGUUCCCUUCAACGUCAGUGUGUCGCAAAAGACAGCAGGCAGAUAGUCACCUCCAGGUCUCGUUUACCUUCUUGUGUCCUCUGUCCCCUCAGCUUGUCUUGGUUUGCCACCACGCCAGACCCCAUCUCCCAUUCUCUACUCCUUCCACUCCUCAUCUGCUCUCCGAAGCACGGUCCAGGACUAAACAGGCAAGCUGUCUCUUCUUCCCGUGAAAGUGUCUGUUGGCUGGGCAGCUGGUCUUCCGCUGUCCCUCUGGAGGAUGAUCCUGUGGAUGAAGACAGAAGAGAUGGCCCUUGGGGAGCUACUGGAGAGACUGAGGACCGUCACUCAAAGCAUAGAUGAGCUCAUGCAGCUGGACAGCAGUCCCCUCCGUGCUGCAGACAUCACCCCUGACCUCAGGAAACAGUUCGCCUUCCUCUCAGGGGGUAGAGGUGAUAACGGCAGCCCCAUCAUUGUGUUCCCAGAAUUCCCUGCAUUUGGAGAGAUCACAGACAGGGAAUUCCACAAUGUGCUCACAUACUUGACAAGUGUGCCCAGUUUGUCUGCAACAGGAGUGGGUUUUAUCCUGGUCAUUGAUCGGCGACAAGACAGAUGGGCAGCAGUCAAGGGGACCCUGCUUCGUAUUGCAGGCGCCUUCCCAGGGAACCUCCAGCUGGUUCUGGUUUUGAGGCCCACCACCCUCCUGCAGCGCACACUCUCUGACAUCCUUUUCAAGUUCAACAAGGAUGAGUUCAAGAUGAAAGUGCCGGUGAUAAUGCUGAGCUCUAUAACUGAGCUCCACUCCUACAUUGACCGCAGUCAGCUGACCCAGGAACUCGGGGGAACACAGGAGUACUGCCACGAGAAGUGGAUCUCUCACCGAACUGCUAUUGAAGGCUUUGCAUUGAUGGUAAAGAGAACAGCGCAGACUCUUCAGUCAUUUGGGACUGAGCUGGCUGAAACUGAGCUCCCCAAUGAAAUCCAGGCCACAACUGCCCUGCUCAGCAUGCACACCACUAAGAAAGACAAAAUGAAGGAUGAUCUGCUGGUGGCUUUGGAACAGGGCAGUCGGCUGCUAGAGAGCAUCAAUGAGCCUGUUGUACGAGACCCUGACCACAAUAUGAACCAGGAUGAGCUGGAAAACCUGGCCACAGUGCAAAGACUGUUGUCUCAGCUGGACGAGACAGAAAGGGCUUUUGAUGAGUUCUGGGUGAGGCAUCAUACCAAACUGGAGCAGUGUCUCCAACUACGACACUUUGAGCACAACUACAAAGAGGUGAGGGCUCUGCUGGAUCAGGUGUCUGAGAAACUUGCAACCUUCUCUGAGGUGGGGAUCAGUCCCGCCCAUGCGGACCAUAUCUUCUGUGAACUCACCACCUAUGAGGAGAGAGUCUGUGAGGUGUUGGACAGAGCUUUGGCUUUGGCCCGUGAAGGCGAUGAAUUGAUCCAAAACUCCCACUAUGCUGAGGACUCCAUUCAGCCCAAAUGCAGUGAACUCAGAGUACUGAGUGAAGAUGUGAGCAGCAACAUGAGGGCCAAGAAAGACCACCUCCUCAAAGCGAUGGAGCUACACCACUGUUUGGAGAGGGUGUUGAAGUGGUGUGAUGAUGGUAUAUACCUGCUGGCAUCUCAGCCAGUAGACAAGUGUCAGUCACAUGAGGGGGCAGAAGUUGCCCUGCAGGAGCUGGAGCGCUACAUGGAUAAUGCCGGCCAGAACCAGCUGACAGACCUGGACACUAUCUGGGGAGAAUAUGAGGCAGUUCUCAACCAGCAGUUCAGAGAUCAAGUGGAGAAGGUGUUCCAGAAACAGGCGUCUAUGCAGGAGAUGUUUGACAAGAGGAGGGUCAGCCUGAAGAAACUCGCAGCCAAACAGACAAGGCCGGUGCAGCCGGUUGCCCCCAGACCUGAGGCCUUCAUCAAAUCCCCUCUCAGCUCACCUGCACACAGAGCACAACAGGAGAAAAACUCAGAGGGAGACUCUGGUAUCAACUGUGAAAAAGGAAACAGCCAUCUGCUGAACGGAGACAGUAACAGCAGACAUGCCUCCCUGUCAGAGGAGGAGGAGAACCUGGCAGUGCUGAGGAGGCACGUUAUGAAUGAACUCCUGGAAACUGAGAGGGCCUAUGUAGAGGAGCUGCUUUGUGUAUUACAGGGAUAUGCUUCUGAGAUGGAUAAUCCUGCGAUGGCUCACCUCAUCCCUGCUCCUUUGCAAAACAAAAAGGAGAUUUUGUUUGGCAACAUGCCAGAAAUUUACCACUUCCACAAGAGGACUUUUCUGAGGGAGCUGGAGCAGUACACAGACUGCCCAGAGUUGGUUGGGAGAUGUUUUCUAGAGAGGAUGACAGACUUGCAGAUCUACGAGAAGUACUGUCACAACAAGCCUCGCUCUGAAAGCCUCUGGAGGCAGUGUUCUGACUGCGCCUUCUUCCAGGUGAACAGACCACCAGCACAUUUAUAUCAUCACAAAUGUGACGUUAUUUGUUUUAUUUUGCUAAUUCCUUUUUGUUUAAUGCAUCAGGAAUGUCAGAAAAAGCUGGAGCAUAAACUGGGGUUAGAUUCUUACCUUCUGAAGCCAGUUCAGAGGAUUACCAAAUAUCAGCUGUUACUAAAGGAAAUGUUGAAGUACAGUAAGACUUGUGAAGGAGCUGAUGACCUGCAGGAGGCUCUGUCCUCCAUUUUGGGCAUCCUCAAGGCCGUCAACGACUCCAUGCACCUCAUUGCCAUUACAGGAUAUGAGGGUAACCUGAGUGAGUUGGGCAAGCUGCUGAUGCAGGGCUCAUUUAGCGUGUGGACGGAGCAUAAGAAAGGCCACGCCAAGGUUAAGGAUCUGGCCCGUUUCAAGCCCAUGCAGAGACACCUGUUCCUCCAUGAGAAGGCCCUGCUCUUCUGCAAAAGAAGGGAGGAGAACGGGGAAGGCUAUGAGAAAGCUCCUUCCUACAGCUUCAAACAAUCUCUUAGUAUGAGUGCAGUUGGUAUAACUGAAAAUGCAAAGGGAGACAACAAGAAGUUUGAAAUUUGGUGCAACUCCAGGGAGGAGGUCUACAUUAUUCAGGCACCGACAACUGAAGUGAAAACCACUUGGGUUAAUGAGAUGAGGAAGGUAUUGACUACACAGCUGGAGGCUUGCAGAGAAGCCAGCCAGCAGAGGGCACCAGACCAGGUGUUCCAGUUCCCCCCUGUGUCCAGUGGACCAGUAAACCUUAGUCCAUUCAAGACUGGACAGAAGACCUUGAAAAAAGGGGAGGAGAAGAAAGCCGAGCCCUGCAGCCCUGACGCCAACUCCUCUUCACCAAAGCCCACAGGAAAAGACGAGGCUGUGACAAGCCCUACCUCAGACAGAGCUGCUGUGGCUAAAAAGCGCUUUACCUUACAAGGCUUCAGUAACCUCAAAGGUCAGAAAGAACCUUCAACUUCUGAUGAUAAAAGUUUAACAUUACCCAUGACGAUCAUCCCAUUGCCAGGAUCUCCCACGAGCCCCGAUCACAAGACGAAACGACAGAGUGAUCCCACACCCUUUGGCUUCAAAGGCUGGAGUAAAGCUUCUCUCUCACUGGAUGCCUCAGAAGAGCAUGACGGUUAUUCCAGCGCAGAGGAUCCUCUGAACUCUGACCCAGAGGACGACAACGGCAAGAAGCUGUGUGCUGGUAAAUACACAGUAAUGGCAGACUAUGAUGGAGACAGCGUUCAGGAGCUCUCAGUGAAGAGUGGAGACAUGGUUGAGCUCAUCAAAGAGGGAGAUGAUGGCCACUGGUUGGUUCGUAACCUGAGCACGUCUAAGGAGGGUUGGAUUGCUGCUUCUAAUCUCAUCACCAUUAUCGGAAAGUCCAUGUCUUGCCAGUCGCUCACCAGCUCAGAAGGCAGUGGCUCUGGAAACCUCAGCUCCUCGUCCAGCUGCAGCGAGACCUACACGAGUUUCUCUGACAUCAAACCCUGAGCUCCUCCUCCUCCUCCUCCUUCUCCUCCUCCUCCUCCUCCACCUCUUUGGCACUUUCUUCACAACCAAACUGCCCUCUUGAAUGCUAGCAUCAUGUGACUGUCUGUGCUGUAUUGCCAACAUCAGUACCCAUAAGACAUCUGUCAACUUUCCACUGAAAAUAAUAUUUUUUCAUCUUUUUUAAAUCACGCACAUCCACAGAAUAUUCACAUAACAGCACAUGUUGCAGAUUUUCAGUGAAAAUGCUCACAUGUGAACACUUUACAGACAGUUAUUUCACAGUAUAUUAAUGUCAGCCUACUCUAGUCAUACAAUUGUCUGUUUUCAUGAGCAUCUGUGUGAGUAUAAUGUAAUAGAUGUAUGAAUGGGCCAGCGGGACUGUUCUCAGCUAAUGCAUCUAUUUGUGCUAAAAGUGGGAAAGGUUAUUCAUCAUGUCGUAUGUUCAUGACAGUUCCAUCUCGCCAGUUUGGGUUAAUCUGCACUAACUCACACAGGAGUUUAUAAUUUCACUGUUACUGUAUGUAUGUAUA